UUUCUCCUAUUUAUCGCAUCCGUCAGACCGUCGUUAAAUUUGUGCCCACUCUGAACCUCACUCGAGAAUUAACAUUAGCGUGAUACUCUGUCAUAACAACGAUUCUCAAACGAUAUAUACAACAACGGUGCUAGAACGUGGCUAUUAAAUAGUUUCAUCGAGGUGAUCGCCGCGAUGAAUACCUAACCUCACUUUCUCAGCCGCGAGGCCCCUCGAGCAACCAUGUAAUCUGAAUCAUUGAAAGCGUUCCGAUGUAUCAUCGAAAUCGAGCGCGGAGAGUGCGUCUUUUCUGCGAAAUAUCGAAACGCCUUGGACUCUUUCUGUCGUAUACUUCUCGAUGAAGUAUCUCGUGAAAUCGAGUUGGUGCAGUACGCUCGGAAGAAGCUCGUAGUACUGGUGCUCGAAAUCCAUGACCAAUGAACAGCCGAUAUUUUACGAUGACCGAAACAAAAUCCAGAAAGAUAGUGACGAGGUUUCACCCGAUCCACGGGCAGAACAUUAUGCUACACGAGGACAACACUGUGGCAUAUCGUACUGCCAGCUUUGCCAGUUCUCUGGCCUUCAGUGAGAAACCAUUGCAACCGGGUGAGAUAUUUCUGGUGGAGAUCGAAAAGAAUGAAAGAGGAUGGAGUGGACACAUGAGGCUAGGGCUCACGCUUAUAGAUCCAGCCUCUAUGAGACAUGAUCUGCCACAGUUUGCUAUGCCUACUCUUGUUAGGCUAGGGAAUACAUGGAUAUUUGCCAUUACCAAGAGUCACAGUAUAUGGGAUAGCUUCGAAGGCUAUGCUGAAGGAAUACCAUCUGUGCAGAAAAAGUUGAUCACAGAUGGAGUAAACGUGGAAACAUCUCGUGGAAUUAUUCCAUACAAUGCUCUCAGACCAAACACAAUUGAUUCUUCACAGUAUAUUCUACCCACGGAUGCUGGUAGUCGUAUUGGAAUUAUGUACGUGCCACAAGCUGGUUCCGACAUGGCAGAGAUGCACUUUAUAAUCAAUGGAGAAGACCAGGGUGUAUGUGGAAAAGACAUACCCUACAAGGCAGGGCCUUUACGCGUCGUAGUUGAUGUAUAUGGUACCACAAAACAAGUCAGAAUAGUUCAACUUUAUGGUGCAUACAGCCUAAAAAGUGCCUGUCGUGAUGCUAUACUACAAUACACUAAACGAAAUGCAGUUGACUCGCUUCCACUUCCAAGGGUUUUGAAGGAUUACUUACUGUAUCAGUCACACUGAAAUUC